AUGUCUUUUGACAACGGCAACAACAGAGACAAAGCAGCUGACCUGACACCAGAGAAAGAGCAAAACCAAGAUGUUGUCAUCAAGACCGGGUGGGACUCGACCAUCGAUCAGAAUGUCGCAACGUGCAUCGCAUUCGAACGGUCCAAUACGGUGGUGAUGGCGUCGAUAACGGAGCAUCGGUGCAUCUAA